AUGAGGAAUCAAUUUCCUUUUCGUUCGGUUUAUUACAAAAUAAUAAAUUCAGUUCUUGCGGCUGGACUUUAUUAUGGGUUUUUGAGCGCUUUCUCUAUCAAGACCUCUCAUUUAUUACUUCUCCGAACUCUGGUUUUUGAGGAGGAAGAAGAAACCAAGAAGAGAAUAGUAGCAAAAACUGGAUUGAUUAUGGGGCAGAUCUUACUAUUCAUAUCAAUAUAUUAUAAACCUUUCCAUAUUGCUUUGACUAGACCUCGUACAAUAACUGCACUCGGGUUUUUCUAUCUUUUUUUCCAGAUCUUCUGGAAAAGUCAGAAACGCGUUUUUGCUAACCAAAAUUCCAUGUCUAAUCUCAGCUGUAUAUUUCUAAAUCAUCUCAUUUUACAGCAGUUGCUUAACACUUGCAUUUUACCAAGUUCAGCGGCAAGGAGAUUAGUCAGCAUUUACACGUUUCGAUCCAACAACAAGAUGUUAUUCGUAACAAGUUCUUUUUUUGCCUGGUUCAUUGGCCAAAUUUUAGUAUGCGAAUUUUUUGAAUUGGCAGGAAAACACAUACGUAUUGAAUUGGCAGGAAAACACAUAGGUAAAAAUCGUUCUAUUAGAUCGAUCAUUCGAUCUGACUAUUUUCAUUUUUUCUUUGUGAUUCUCUUUUUUAUGAUGAGUCUCCACUCUUUUGGCAGAAUACCCUCACCCAUUCUUCUUCCUAAAAUGAGCAACCUUUCACAAAUAGAAAAGCGCGCGUUGAUCUUGAAAGGUACAGAUGAAGAAGAGGAAAAUGACAAAAUAGACGAAGAAAUAGAACAAGAAAUGGAAAAAAUAGAACAAGAAAUAGAAGAAAUAGAACAGCAACGAAAACUUGCGAAUCAUCUGAAAAAAAAAAAAGAUAGACAAAAAAAACAGGGAACAGGGGGACAUUCCGACAAAGAAUUCCACUCGAAUUCGAAUACCAGUUAUUCGAAAAGCAAAAUCGAAGUACUAAAAAAUGAAAUACGUGUAAUACAAGAAAAAGAAAGAAAAAGCCUCAUUAGCCCAUUGCUUUUUGAUUAUCGACGAUGGUAUCGCCCAUUUCGCUACAUUCAAAAUAAUAGACUUGAGCAAGCUAUAAGAAAUGAAAUGUCACAAUAUUUUUUUGAUACACAACAAAGUGAUGGAAAAGAAAGAAUAUCUUUUACCUAUCCAAGGAGUUUAUCAACUUUUUUUAAAGUGAUCAAAAGAAAAAUAAAUAUCCUACUAGAAAAAACUCUUUCUAAUCAAUUGGACAAUGCUUGGGUUUCUAGAAACAAAAAAAAAAUGAAUCAUCUGAAAAAUGAUUUUUUCAAUAGAAUUAACCAUCUAGACAAAGAAAAAAUAGAUGGAGAAAUAGAACAGGAAAAAGAACGGGAACAAAAAGCAGUGGAGAUACUUGAAACAAGAACUCGAUUAUGUAUAGAAGAUGAUAAGACUAAACAAGAAUACUACUUACCCCAAAUGUAUGAUCCUUUCUUAAACGGGCCAUACCGUGGAAAAAUCAAAAAAGAGCUUCCGCCUUCCAUCAUAAAAAAUACUUUGAUCGCAGAUUCGAGAGAGACAGGUGAGCAAAAUCGGUUACAUGAUCUUCUUCUCCCGAAUUCCAAUUACGAAAAUUUUGACCAAAAUACGAAUACUUUAGAAAUUGGUGAUAUUUUAGAAAUUGAUGCGUUUUCAUCUAUUCUAAUACACAAAAUAGGUAAAAAAGUCCCUCGAUGGUCAUACAAAUUAAUCAGUGAAUUGGAACAACUAUCAUUUCACUACAGUCCGCCAGCAGAGCAUGAAAUUCGUUCAAGAAGGGCGGUAGGUGAAUAUCUUCUUUUUGAUCCUCCAGAGACUCAUACUACUACUAAAGCUACAGAUAAAGAAACGAAGACUAAUGCUAGCAAAGAGACUGAUACUGUGAAUAAAGAAACGAAGCCUAAUGCUAGCAAAGAGACUGAUACUAUUGAUAAAGAAACGAAGCCUAAUGCUAGCAAAGAGACUGAUACUAUUGAUAAAGAAACGAAGCCUAAUGCUAGCAAAGAGACUGAUACUAUUGAUAAAGAAACGAAGCCUAAUGCUAGCAAAGAGACUGAUACUAUUGAUAAAGAAACCAAGACUAAUGCUAGCAAAGAGACUAAUACUGUUGAUAAAGAAACCAAGACUAAUGCUAGCAAAGAGACUGAUACUGUUGAUAAAGAAACCAAGACUAAUGCUAGCAAAGAGACUGAUACUGUUGAUAAAGAAACCAAGACUAAUGCUAGCAAAGAGACUGAUACUGUUGAUAAAGAAACCAAGACUAAUGCUAGCAAAGAGACUGAUACUGUGAAUAAAGAAACGAAGCCUAAUGCUAGCAAAGAGACUGAUACUGUGAAUAAAGAAACCAAGACUAAAACCCCAGAAGAAGAGGCUAAAGAAGAUGAAGAGAAGGGGCUUGUUUUGAUGCGUUAUGCACACCAACCCGAUUUUAAGCACGGCUUAAUCAAAGGCUCUAUGCGAACUCAAAGGCGUAAAAUUGUUAUUGAGAAACUGUUUCAAGCAAAUGCACAUUCCCCCCUUUUUUUUGACAGGAUAAAAAAACAAAAACUUUUUUCUUUUGCUAUCCCCCGCCCGGUUCAACUGAACCGAAUUUUUAGAAAUUGGUCGGCGGGAAAAGGGUUCAGGAUUUUAGAGUCUACAGACGAACAAACAAAAAGAGAAGAAAAACCAAAAAGAGAAUCUAAAAAGAAAAACGACCGAGUAAAGGAAAAAAAGCGAUUAGAGAUAGGGGAAGCCUGGGAUACUUUUGAAAUUACCCAAAUGUUAAGGGGUUGCAUUUUAAUAGCCCAAUCAAGUCUUAGAAAAAAUCUUAUAUUACCUUCAUUGAUAAUCGGUAAAAAUCUUGGACGUAUGCUAUUAUUGCAAAUUCCUGAAUGGUCUGAAGAUUUCGAGGAAUGGAAUAGAGAAAAGCAUAUUAGGUGCACUUAUACUGGUAAUCCGUUAUCCGAAACAGAAUUUCCGGAAAAUUGGUUGACACAAGGUAUUCAGAUCAAGAUUGUAUAUCCUUUCCAUCUGAAACCUUGGCACACAUCUAAACCGCUAACUUCUCGUGAUGACGUUUGUUUUUUAACAAUUUUUGGAAGGGAAACAGAACUGCCUUUUGGCUCUCCCCGAAAAACACCUUCCUUUUUUGAGCCCAUUUUAAAGGAACUCGAAAAAAAAAUUGGAAAAUAUGAAAAGGUUACAGCUGAAAGCGUUUUAAAAAAAAUAAUAAUAAAAUUAUUUAAAAAAGUUUCAAAAGAAACAAGAACAACAAACCAAAAUCUUCCGUUUAUAGAAAAAGACCUCUCCAAGGGUAAACCAAUUUUAUUAUUUAGAUCGAGAGAAAUAGGUGGAAUGGAAAAAGAAAAAGAUUCUAGAAUAAGCAACCAGAUAAUUAAUGAAUCUUUUAGUCAAAUUCAAAAAAUUCAAAUUCCAGAUUGGACAAAUUCUUCACUGAUAGAAACUAAAAUGCAAGAUAUGACUGAUAGAACAAGUACAAUCAAAAAUCAAAUAGAAAGAAUUACCGAAGAGAAAAAAAAAGUAACUCUAGAACUAGAUAUUAGUACUUACAAAAAAAGUUGUAGAUUAGAGUUGUCAAAAAAGAUUUGGCAAAUAGUAAAACUAAAAAACAUAAUAUGUAAAUUUCAUUAUUUUAGAAAAUUUUUCAUUCAAAGAAUAUAUAACGAUAUUUGUUUAUCUACUAUUCAUAUUUGCCAAACGAAUACACAACUCUUUGUUGAAUCGACAAAAAAUUUGAUUGAAAAAUAUAUUUCCAAGAAUGAAACAAAUAAAAAAAUAAUUAAUAAAAAAACUAAAAAUACAAUUCACUUUAUUUCAAAUAUAAAAACUUAUAAUAGUUGUAAGAAAAAUUCAGAAAUUUUUUGUGAUUUAUCCAACUUGUCACAAGCAUAUGUAUUUUACAAAAUAUCGCAAACCGGGGUUGUUAACUUGUCUAAAUUAAGAUCCGUUCUUCAACAUCAUGGAACAUCUUUCUUCCUUAAAACUCAAAUGAAAGACUCCUUUCGAACACAAGGAAUAUUUCAGUCUGAAGUAAUACAUAAGAAACUUCAGCGGUCUAUAACGAGUCAAUGGAAAAAUUGGUUAAGAGGGAAUUAUCAAUACGAUUUAUCUCAGAUUAUCUGGUCUAGCUUAAUGUCACAAAAACAAAAAUGGCGAAAUAGGGUGAAUCGAUAUUGUAGGUCUCAAAAAAAAGAUUUAAAAAAAUGGAAUUCAUGUGGAAAAUACCAAUUAAGUCAUUACAAGAAAAAAAAGGGUCCUAACUCAUUAUCAAAUCAAAAAGAUAAUUUUCAAAAAUGCUAUAGAUAUGAUCUUUUAUCAUAUAAAUCCAUUAAUAAUGAAAAUAAAGGUGACUCGGUUUUUUAUAGAUCAAUCCCUCAAGUAACUAAAAGGCAAGCGGUUUCUGAUAAUUACAACAUGUCGCAAAACUCCUUGUUUGCGAUAACAGGAAGUAUCCCUAUCAAUAUUUUUAUAGGAAGAAUAGAAAGGGUAUAUAUUCCAUAUAUAGAAAAAAAUCUUAAUAGAAAAUAUUUUAAUUGGGAAAAUAUCUAUUUUGAUCUUAGAAAAAAAGUGGCUAUUGAAUCCUGGGUCGCGGUAAAUCCCAGCAGUAAUCAAAAGACUCGAAUUGGGACUAAUAAUUUUCAAUUAAUUGAUCCAAUUGAUAAAGAAGAAGAGGAAGAGAUCAAUCCCAGCAGUAAUCAAAAGACUCCAAUUGGGACUAAUAAGGAUGAAAUAUUUUAUGCAAUUGAUAAAGAAGAAGAGGAAGAGAUCAAUCCCGAAGAAGAGAUCAAUCCCGAAGAAGAGAUCAAUCCCAGCAGUAAUCAAAAGACUCCAAUUGGGACUAAUAACGAUCAAUUAAUUGAUCCAAUUGAUAAACAAGAAAAAGACCCUUUUUAUAUUCCGAUUAAUCAAAAUCCAGAAAUCAAUCAACCUAAUUCUCCAAAUUCUUUUUUUGAUUGGAUGGGAAUGAAUGAACAAAUACUAAAUCGUCCCAUCUCGAAUCUGGAACUUUGGUUCUUCCCAGAAUUUGUGCGGCUUUUUAAUGUAUAUAAAACGAAACCGUGGAUUAUACCAAGCAAAUUACUUCUUUUAAAUUCGAAUCUAAGUGAAACCGAUAAUAAAAAGAAAAACAUCGCUGAAAACCAAAAUCUUGAAGAAGAAGAUUCCGCGAAAUCAGACAUGAAAAAAGGUACAAAGAAAAGUAAAACCAAUAGUGAAAAGAAAAGUGAAACCGAUAGUGAAAAGAAAAGUGAAACCGAUAGUGAAAAGAAAAGUGAAACCGAUAGUGAAAAGAAAAGUGAAACCGAUAGUGAAAAGAAAAGUGAAACCGAUAGUGAAAAGAAAAGUGAAACCGAUAGUGAAAAGAAAAGUGAAACCGAUAGUGAAAAGAAAAGUCUAAGUACAAGAGAGCUAAGAGAGUUAUUCAUGAAAAAGUAUUUCCUUUUGCAAUUGAGAUGGGAUCAAAGGAAUAUCGGUCAAAACAUUCGCAAAAAUGUCCGGAUAUUAGCUCUCCCGAAGAGCUCGAUAAAUCUAGAAACCAUGACUCUAUCAUGCAUUGAAAGGAGAAAAUUACAAUUGAAUGUAAUGUGGAAUUCGAAGAGCAAUUUGAGUAUUCUAAAAUUUUUCAAAAACAUGGGAGUGGCUAUGGACCGCCUUGGACUGUCUGUAAAAAACAAUGGGCAAUUUCUUAUGUAUCAAACCAUAGGUAUUUCGUUGGUUCAUAAGAGUAAAAACAAAACUAAUCAACAAUACCGAAAACAAAGAAUAAUUCGAGCUAGAGAGAACAAUCAUUUUGAUGCGCUUGUUCUUGAAAAUAUUUUAUCGUCUAGACGUCGUAGAGAAUUGAGAAUUCUAAUUUGUUUCAAUUCAAACAAUUGGAAUGAUGUGGAUACCAAUUCCGUAUUUUUCAACGAAAACGGGGUAAAAAACUGUAGUCACUUUUGGGAAGAAAGGAACCUUCGUGAUAAGGAGAAAAAUGAAUUAAUUCAAUUCAAGUUUUUUCUUUGGCCCAAUUAUCGAUUGGAAGAUUUAGCUUGUAUGAAUCGUUAUUGGUUUGAUACUAAUAACGGCAGUCGUUUCAGUAUCUUAAGGAUCCACAUGUAUCUACCAUUGAAAAUUCGUUGA